AUGAAGUACCUCUCUGCUCUCGCUCUGGCUUUCGCCGCCUCCAUCUCGCUCGCUUCCGCCGGCCCUGAACCCGUCGUCGCCCUCCCUCCUGGUCAGGGCCGCUCCACCCGUGGCGUCCGAUCCGUCAUCACGGGUCACAAGAUUCGCUCGCAUGUGCACCACUCGCGCAGGCAGCAGCUUCACCACGACGACGACUUGCUCACGUUUGACCGUCGCUUCAGUAAUGCUACCUUGAAUGCCGACGAGGAGGAGGUCGCCGCUAUGGCGGCAUCCCACAAGAAGCGCAACACUUGCUCGCACAAGUCGGCUACCAAGGCAACCGCCAACUACCGCGUCAAGGGUGGUUCUGAUUCUGACUCCAGCUCGUCCUCCAGCUCCAACGCCAACUCUUCCGGCUCGGGCUCGGGCUCUGCUGCCGGCUCUAGCUCCAGCUCCCACUCGCACAGCGGCGGUGGUUCUGGUUCGAGUUCGUCCUCAUCCUCGUCCUCGUCAUCGUCCUCCAACUCCAACAACGGCUCGUCGUCCAGCUCUUCUUCCAGCUCCUCGUCAUCAUCGUCCAGCUCUUCCUCCCAAUGGAAGCUCGUCAAGUCCUACACCGCAUCACCUACGUCGACCAAGGCUCGGCCAAGAACAAGGGCCUCAUCUCCACCAACAACGGACAAGCCACCAUGA